GAGAGUGUAGGGUUUAUGUAGAGUGGAGGUGGUAUCGUACACCACCGAUAUGCACCCAAGAAUGAGUCUGGUAGCAGGAUCAUACGAGAGGUUCAUUUGGGGCUUCUCCCUAAAUCCCAAAAACGAAACCCUAACUCUAACCCCUCUCUUCUCUUACCCUUCCCACCUCUCUCUCAUCAAGUGCGUCGCCGUCUCCGGCUCCGUCGUGGCCUCCGGCGGUGCUGACGACACAAUCCACCUCUACGACCUCGCCACCGCUGCCUCCCUCGGCUCCCUCCACCAACACUCUGCCACGGUCACCGCCCUUGCUUUCUACGCCCCUCCCUCCCUUCCCUUUCCCCGCAACCUCCUCUCCGCCGACGCCGAAGGCUCACUGUCACUCUUUGACGCCGAUGGCUUCGUCCACCUCAAGACGCUCCCCCGCGUCCACCGCCGCGCCGUCAACGACCUCGCACUUCACCCCUCCGGCAAGCUCGCACUCUCUGUUGGCCGUGAUGAAUGCCUCGCCAUGGUCAACCUUGUACGUGGCCGAAGGAGCUUCUGUUGCCGCCUUGGAAAGGAGGCAAGUAUAGUGAGGUAUGACUUGGCCGGAGACAGGUUCUUUAUGGCCAUGGAGGAGAAGGUGACUGUGCACGGGGCUGAGGAUGCGCGCUUGCUAUUUGAAUUGGACUGCCAGAAAAAGGUCCUCUGCGCUACUCCAGCGAAGAAUGGACUUCUAUACACAGGUGGUGAGGACCGAAAUAUCACAGCAUGGGACAUAAACAGCGGGAAGGUGGCCUAUUGCAUUGAAGGAGCACAUAAUGCCCGUGUAAAAGGAAUUGUUGUCCUCACAGAUAGUGAUGCUGCUUCAGGGAGUGAUGAUCCGUACCUAGUUGCAUCUGCAUCAUCUGAUGGGGUUAUACAUGUCUGGGAUGUUCGAAUGGCCGCAACAGAGAAGUUGAAUCCAGUAGCUGAGUGUAAGACGCAAUCUAGGUUGACAUGCCUUGCUGGAUCAUCUCUAAAAUUAAAACGUCGUCAUUCUGGAACUAAUCCCAAAGGACAGGAUCAAACAAUGGAAGGUUGAUAGCUUUCUUGAUGGCCAUGCUUGAGUAUAAUAUUUUCCAUAUUGAGAGAAGGAUUUUUGGCCCCUGGAGGACUCAAACUAACAUAUCCCACAAGGAAACCUGUUUCUGCUAAGGCGUCCAAUUUAUCAGUUGCAGUUAUACACCCAUGCACAAGAUAUUGUUAUAAUGUUAAUAUCCGUACUAGCUGAAAGCUGAAAGAAUUCCUCUGUUGUGGUCUAAUUCUUGUGCAAGAAUUUUGUAAGUUGAAACAGAAGUGAAAACAGAGUUACUUU